ACUGACAGAGAGCGAGGAAACUGCCAUAAGGAGAAAGAAGAGGAGGAAAGAGGUGAAAGAGGACGAGGAGAGAGUUGGGAGGGGAAAGAAGCAGAGGAGGGAGGAGAGAGAGAGAGAAGGAGAGGAAGGAAACGAGGGUUAGAGGUACAUGAAGGAAGCGAGAAAGAGGGAAGUACAAGGUGGAGAGAGGACCUCAGAAGGAGGGAGAAGCUAGAGUAGGAAUGUGGAAGGGAAACAGCCUGGGGGGUAACCAGGGAGCAGCCAUGGAAGAAACUGGUGGAGAACUAGGCGGACAGGGGAACUGGGGUCUGGAAGAUGCCCCAGGCCUCUUGGCCAGGGCCUCCCUGCCCAUCAUGCCUGCAUGGCCAUUGCCUCUGGCCUCGUCUGCCCUUACCCUGGUCUUCGGAGCCCUCACUUCCCUUUUCCUCUGGUACUGCUACCGCCUGGGCUCCCAAGACAUGCAGGCCCUAGGGGCUGGAAGUCGGGCUGGGGCUGUCAGUGGUAGGUCUGGAGGGUGCUCUGAGGCUGGCACGCCAAGCCCAGGGAGCUCUGGGGAGUCUAGGGAAGGACCUAGGACAGAAGGCCUAGUGAGUCGUCGCCUUCGGGCCUACGCUAGGCGCUACUCUUGGGCAGGGAUGGGUAGGGUGAGGCGGGCGGCUCAGGGUGGCCCAGGCCCUGGGGGAGGGCCAGGCUUCCUGGGCAUUCAGCGCCCAGGCCUGCUUUUCCUGCCAGACCUGCCCUCAGCCCCCUUCGUGCCACGGGAUGCCCAGAGGCAUGAUGUGGAGCUCCUGGAGAGCAGCUUCCCUGCCAUUUUGAGGGACUUUGGGGCUGUAAGCUGGGACUUCUCAGGGACUACUCCUCUGCCUCGGGGCUGGUCCCAACCCCUGGCCCCUGGGUGCUACCAGCUCCUGCUAUACCAAGCAGGCCGGUGCCAACCCAGCAACUGCCGCCGGUGCCCGGGGGCCUAUCGGGCACUGAGGGGGCUGCGAAGCUUUAUGAGUGCCAACACCUUCGGCAAUGCUGGCUUUUCCGUCCUCCUGCCCGGGGCCCGGCUUGAGGGCCGCUGCGGGCCCACCAAUGCCCGAGUCAGAUGCCAUCUGGGCCUGAAGAUCCCCCCUGGCUGUGAGCUGGUCGUCGGCGGUGAGCCCCAGUGCUGGGCUGAGGGACACUGUCUACUGGUGGAUGACUCCUUCCUGCAUACAGUGGCUCAUAAUGGUGCUCCCGGAGAUGGGCCUCGAGUGGUCUUCAUCGUGGACCUUUGGCAUCCCAAUGUGGCUGGGGCCGAACGCCAGGCCCUCGACUUUGUCUUCGCACCAGACCCUUGAAGGAAGGUGUUCCCUUCAGACAUCUGGGCCGGAGAGAUGCUGCCGCAGGGAUGGCCUGAGUGGUAGCCAGGACCACUUCUCCAUCACAAGGGGUGGGGUGCGGCUGAGGGUGGGAACUGGCCCGUGAAUACUGAAAUAUAGAUUUUUAAUCCU